AUCGCAUUCUCGCCUGCGCCCUUUUUCCUUUCUUAUUUCCAUCAACCAAGCGACCAAUUCCACUCCUCGUACAUUGAUAGACCCAUUGAGCCAAGCUGCCGAUACUGAAUAAUACAUACAGGGGGAACUCAGAAAGUGUACAAUUCGGUUCCUGAUGAUGGAUCAAAGAAGUGUACCUAUUGGCCCUAUUGGCCCUGUUGGCUCGAUUGGACCCAAUGGACUCAAUGGACCUAAUGGACCGAUCUCCCCCGCAUUCGUAUACAAUGGGACAAUCACAUACGCUUCAACAACAUCCCCGACAGUUACAGAUACCACUUUCAAUGCAUCUCCAGUAACAAGUCCAAUACAAAGGGAAGAUGGUCUGACAACAGAACCUCCCAAGAAGAGACAAAAGCGUAACAAGCCUACCCUAUCAUGUGUUGAAUGUGUAGAACGUAAAACAAAGUGCGAUAGGGGUCGGCCAAAUUGUCUUGCAUGUAUUAAGCGACAAUCACAAUGCGUAUAUCAUCCAACAGCAAACAUACUCGAAGAGACGAACAGGACGACUGCAAAUGCUCGACGUAUGACUAAACCACCAAAGAAGUUGGGUCCUGGAGCAGGAAAUCUUGUCGAACGACCAAGACAAGCACCAGAUCCAAGCGAGCGAAGUGCAUCUAGGGGCUCCGUUUCUUCAUCUACCGGUCUGCUUUCUAAUGUACCUUAUUCGCACCCAAAAGCCUCGAAUGUUUUUGGUAUUGGCUCAGAGCAUCCCUUUGCAAAUUAUUGGACAUGUCAAGGAGGACUUCCGGAAGUGAUUUCGGUGUUACCAGCCAAGGACCAAGCAGACAUCUUGAUGGAACGAUAUUUUGAAUGUGUCGAUCCAGUCUAUCCUAUGCUUCACAGACAAACAUUUUAUGCCGAUUAUGAGCAUUUCUGGUCAUUAGCAGGACCCGAAAGAGAUAGAACAGAUGCUGCUCUAGUUGCUAUGAUAUUCUCCAUGAUAGCUUUGGGGACCCAAUUUGUUAACAACUCUCCACCAAAAGAACGACAACAAACUGCCGAGUUUUAUGUAUCUGCCGCUCACCAAUCGCUUCGUCUCGGUUCAUAUCUUAAUAAAGCCUCGAUGCGCUCAAUCCAAGCCAUGGUUCUUAUCACAUACUUCCUCAUCAACGAUAAUCAUGCUUCUGAUGGGUGGGCAUUUGCCGGUAUACUAAUUCGACAAUCUUAUGCUAUGGGUCUCCAUCGCGAUCCUAACAUUGUCACUCCAAAUGCAUCUAUCUUUGACAAACAACAGCGUCGAAAACUUUGGCAGGCAGUACUGCUACAAGAUACCUUCCUCACUGUUCUACUUUCCCUCCCACCAAGCGCUACACAUACAGACGUCAAUGUAGAAGACCUCAUCGAUGAUUCCGGCUCCAUCGCAAACUGCGAUCCAAACGAUACAGCUUAUAUCCGCGGAUGUUGGACUCUCGCCAACCUCGUACAAGAAAGCAUUUGCUCUCCCCGCUCGCUAGACCUUCCCAUCUGUCCCACCGCCCGCCAAAAACAUAAACUCAUUUCCGAUUUCAAAGCCGUCUAUCGUUCUUUCCCAGACGUCUUUCGCUCCUGGGACCGCGAUUCCAUUUCUGUAGUAGCAGAAACUAAUAAGCGUCUUGUACGACAAACACUCUUCUUGACGAGUAAUUACUUCCAUAAUGUGAUGUUACUCCAUUCAAGCGAAAGUCCCGAAGUCCAACCAGAUGUUCGAGGAACUUUGAAUGCGGCUCACGAAGCUAUCAACGCGUUCUUCCUCCUGUAUGAACUCUUCGAGAGCGAAAGUAAAGUUUGGUGGGUUUUCAAUCAUCGCGCAUUUUUGGAAUGUAUGAUGAUUGGAAAUACUUUGCAGGAAGUGAGCAAAGAUGAAGACGGCGCGGAGAAAUCGGGGAAAGAUCCAUUGUUUGUUAGGGCUAAGGGGGAUAUUGUCCGCAUGAUCGAUAUCAUGACCAAAAUCGGCGACGGAGAUAAUGGCUCACAAGUCGCGCGGACGAGAGUCCAGGUUCUAAGUGAUUAUGUAUGAAAUUUCUUCCUUACUAUCUUUGUUUGAAAUGGUUGUAGCAUUUUCCUGGGUUGCUGAAUUGCUAGGAGAGCAAGCCGAGUGAGUUAGUGAGCGAGUGAGUAGGCGGGUAAAUAAGUAAAUGGGAGGAGAGAGGAGGGAGGAGGGAGAAGGAAGAGAAGCAACGGCGAAAAAAACCCCUGGUAAUCAUGCGAGUGCGAAUUGUCAAUACGGAUGCGGAUGCGGAUAUUGAGUCAGGAGGCUCGUGUAGAUAGACAUGCAGAUUAAAUAGGUUAGGGUAGGUAGGAUAAGUUAAGAUAGGAUUAGGAUAUGAUUAGGAUUAGGAUAUGUUGAGAGAGUAGAGCUGAAGAAUCUUUUCGGGUUAAAUAUGGUAGAAUUGGAAGAGGGAAGAGAAAUGAAUAGCAAUG